UACAAUUAAGAUAGUAAGAAAUUAUUGAAAGCUUCCUGCAUUUCUUCAGUGUGAAUGAAUCACAUUUCUGUUAUAACACAAGCUGCAUGACGAUAAUAAAACGACCAUGCGUUUAUGUGUGAGUGUGAUUCACUGAGAGGCGCCUGCAGCUGCACCAGGACCUCCCUCCUUCUCUUCCUUGAUCCUCCUUGUGUGCGCAGUCUUGGUUUAGCCCGGAGCCGAGCACAGUUACCCAGUGCGACCAGCGGUAAACAUCAGUGACUCUCAAGCUGCACCGUUAGACACCAACCACAGGCUUCUGUCGCUGAAUAAAAACAAACACACAAGUACGCACGAAAGAGAGCAGGUGAAAUCAAAGUGAGCUGAUCCUCAUUCGUUCCCUCUCUAUUUUGGUUCUGGCCAAGCUGCUAUUCUUCUACAAAUGGAUAAUGGAGACUGGGGCCAUAGGAUGACUACUCCUGUUACCUUGAACGUGGGAGGCCACCUAUACACCACCAGUUUAUCCACGCUGCAGCGCUAUCCGGACUCCAUGCUGGGAGCCAUGUUCCGAGGAGAUUUCCCUACAACCCGCGAUUCCCAAGGGAAUUACUUCAUCGACCGGGAUGGAACACUUUUCCGGUACAUCCUGAACUUCCUGCGGACAUCUGAGCUUACCCUUCCUUUGGACUUCACAGAGACGGACCUCCUGAGGAAAGAGGCGGACUUCUACCAGAUCGAACCUUUGAUCCAGUGCCUCAACGAUCCAAAGCCGCUGUACCCUCCUGACAUCUUUGAGCAGGUCGUGGAGCUUUCCAGCACUCGGAAACUGUCAAAGUACUCAAACCCUGUUGCUGUUAUCAUCACGCAGCUAACCAUAACUACUAAGGUUCAUGCCCUGCUAGAAGGUAUUUCUAACAACUUCACCAAGUGGAACAAACACAUGAUGGACACCAGAGACUGCCAAGUGUCAUUCACCUUUGGACCAUGUGACUAUCACCAAGAGGUGUCCCUAAGGGUUCACCUGAUGGACUACAUAAUGAAACAGGGCUUCACCAUUCGGAACACACGCGUGCAUCACAUGAGUGAGCGUGCCAAUGAGAACACGGUGGAGCAUCACUGGACUUUCUGCAGACCCGCUCAUAAAGUUGAAGACUGAGUUUACGUAGCACAAUUGUUAUAAGUGACACUACUGCUGGAUUUGUCUUUUAUAUUACUCAAAUCAUGAUUUUAAAAAAGGAAAAUCCAGAAAGCAAAAAUCAAAGAAGAUGUGAAUUUGGAUUUAUUCACCUGUUCGGGGCUACAACUUUUCCUGUGCUAUCCCUACACAUGUUUAUUAGAGUGCAAGGCCUACCAUAGAAACAUGGGAUUUUAUACAUAUAGGGACAUUGAAUCGUCCCUAUACUAAAAUAGUGUGGGUAAAUUAUUAUUAUAGGAAUAACGGUGGCUUUAAAAAGAAAAAAGUCUUUAGAAAUGAGGUCAUAAAGAAGGUAUGAUUUGAGUCUGCCUAUGCCGAGUACCUUAAUAGUUAAAAAAAAAUAAAAUGCAUUCAUACGAAGUUAAGCC